GAUUGGUAGUCGGUGAUUGUCCAAGUGGAUGGAUUGAUCAUCGUGACUCCUGUUACUUUUUCAGUAACCAUAAUAGAAACUGGUACGACGCAGGGUUCACGUGCGAGGCCAUUCACAGCAGGAGAGUGACCAUAGACUCGAACGACGAAAAUGACUUUUUGGCGGGAACUUUUACACACUUCAGAGGAUUGGUAGUCGGUGAUUGUCCAAGUGGUUGGAUUGGUCAUCGUGACUCCUGUUACUUUUUCAGUAACCAUAAUAGAAACUGGUACGACGCAGGGGGGCGUUUCGUUCGGAUUCGUUUUGGACUGAAGGAACGUCAGAGGGGUCGUCCGAUGGUAGCUAUAAAUGGGCCACAUCACAGGACCCGGUCACCUACAACAAUUGGAGUAAAAAAUGAACCUAACGCCACUAUCGGCGACUGCUUCAUAUUGAGACUUGAUCGGACCUGGCAGUCAAGAGACUGUCACUCUGAUAAAGGAUUCGUCUGCGAAAGCAG